GGCGCAGGGCGGCUGCAACCCGAUUUCGGCGCCGGGAAGCGCUGGAGGGAGGCGGCGGCUGCGCUGGGCGGGAGGCGGCGGUUCCACGUGCUCUAGCGGCCGGUUGAAACCGUUGGCGGGCGGUGGCUGAGAGGACAAGACUUAAACCUAUCUGGGAUAGAGAAUAUUUAACCAUUUAGCUAAAAAUGGUAUUUUUUACAUGCAAUGCAUGUGGUGAAUCAGUGAAGAAAGUACAAGUUGAGAAGCACGUGGCUAUUUGCAGAAACUGCGAAUGCCUUUCUUGCAUUGACUGCGGUAAAGAUUUCUGGGGUGACGACUAUAAAAAUCAUGUGAAAUGCAUAAGUGAGGAUCAGAAGUAUGGUGGCAAAGGUUAUGAAGGUAAAACCCACAAAGGCGAUAUUAAACAGCAGGCAUGGAUUCAGAAAAUUAAUGAAUUAAUAAAAAGACCCAAUGUCAGCCCCAAAGUGAGGGAACUUUUAGAGCAAAUUAGUGCUUUUGACAAUGUUCCCAGGAAAAAGGCGAAAUUUCAGAAUUGGAUGAAGAACAGUUUAAAAGUUCAUAAUGAGUCUGUUCUGGAGCAGGUGUGGAAUAUCUUCUCGGAAGCUUCCAGCACUGAACCUGUCAGUAAGGAGCGAGAUCAACAGCCACUCAACCCAGUGGCGGAUCCACAUGCAGAAAUCUCCGCCAACGUUCCAUGUUCCAAAGCAAAUGAUACCACGGAAGAACAAGCAAAGGUGAAGAAGAAUAAAAGAGAAAGGAAGGAAGAACGGCAGAAGAAAAGAAAAAAAGAAAAGAAAGAACUAAGAUUAGAAAACCACCAAGAGAAUUCAAAGAGUCAGAAGCCCAAAAAGCGCAAAAUGGGGCGGGAGGCCGAGCAGGAAGCUGGAGGGGAGGACAGCCCCAAGGCCAGCGGCUCCGCAGGGAAGCCUAGCCAGAGGAAGAGGAGCAAGGGCUUGUGCGCCGAGGACGGGGCAGUGGGUGGAGGCGUGGACGAGGAGGAGGCAAAAACCGGUCCAGGAAAGAGAAAGCGGAAGCAUUCGGAGAUUGAAGCAGAGUCCAAGAAGAAAAAGAUAAAGUUCCCAGGACAUUCUGAGGGUGAAGAACCAGAAAACCAUGAGGCUUCUGCAAAAGGUAAAUUCAACUGGAAGGGAACUAUUAAAGCAGUCCUGAAACAGGCCCCAGAUAACGAAAUAGCAAUCAAAAAGCUACGGAAAAAGGUUUUAGCUCAGUAUUAUGCUGUGACAAAUGAACAUCACAAAUCUGAAGAGGAGCUUCUGGUCAUCUUUAACAAGAAAAUCAGCAAGAACCCCACCUUUAAGUUAUUAAAGGACAAAGUCAAGCUUUUGAAAUGAACAUUUUUAUAUUUAAACAUUGAAUCCAUUCUCUUGAUUUCUUCCUUUCACUGCUGUUUGUAAAACAUGUAAUGAAUUAUAACAACUCAUUUUCCUUUCCAAAGUUGUGUUUUUAAGUUAAGAAAAAUAUAUAUUUUUGGUAGAACUUUUAUGAGAAAGUAAAAUAUAUUCUU